AUGACCUCUGCAGCACCAACUCCGUCGCGACGAGUUCCAGCAGAGCUUAGAUUCAGUCUACCAGGACCAGGACCAGGACGCAGGAACAUGAGAUCUGCACGGGAUGGAGAUACAGGACGUAGACUCACGGUGACUGAGAUCCAAAAGCUGCUCGUCAUACCCAAUACCCUCGUCGCUCAAAAUGGUCACGGGAAAUCAAAACCCGGCGCUCGGAUCGCCCCUCCACGGCCAUUCGUGGAGCGGCACCGCAACGGAGAUCAGGUUGAGGAUGCGAAACCCAAGUUGACGGUAACAAAACUUCAGAAGCAGUUCGUUAUACCACAAGGCCUCGUAACCCAAAAGCAAUACGACAAGAAGGUUCCAGGACGAACGACCAAUUCGUUUGCCAAAGGAAGUUAUGCAAGGAGGCUUGUUGAAAUGAUGCCCUACCAUCGGUCUGAGUAUUAUAUAUGGGCCAAUGCAACCAUUCGAAAACUCAAACUCUUGGGGUCUUCAGAGCCUAUCGCCGUGAUAGAAGUUAUGUCGAUUUCGAGAAAUAUGCGUCUUCAAUGGGCCAAGUGCAAGGUGAUUUCCAGCAACACGACCAAGCCUCUCUUUGGACUCUCCUCUAUAAGGACACGAUCGGUCGGCAUCACUCUCUCGAUCUGGCUCUGGAGACUCGGACGGGAUGCCGAUCAAUGA